AUGUGCAGUCGCUAUCCAUCAUUCUCAACCUCCGCGGCAUUACGAGCCUCAAACCAAGGAUCUUCACCACCACCACCACCAUCCACCACCACCACAUCAUCCACCGUGACGAUCCCGUCGCCCAAAGACCUUAAUGCGCCCUUGAAGAAACUCAAACGCUAUGUCGCCCUUGGCCGCGCCUAUCUCGCGUUCUACAAGACCGGCCUGAAAAACGUUUAUCACAACUACCGCGCCUCCCUACCACUUCGUUCCUCUCUCGGCCUCCCCGCAUACCUACCAAUUUCUCCUCCCCGCGGCCCCUCCUCUCCAAAACACCCUCCAUCCACACCCGCAACCCCCCUCGGCCGCGGCCAGUUCCAGCUCGUCCGCCGCGCCGCCCGCGAUGUCCGCCGCAUGAUCCCUUUCACCUUGAUCCUUAUCGUCUGCGGCGAAUUUACCCCCCUCAUCGUGCCACUCUUCGGCUCUGCCAUCACGCCGGCCACCUGCCGCGUCCCGGGCCAGGUCGCGAAGGAGCGUGCCGCGGCGUCCAAGCGCAAGACCCUCGCGCUGGCGGCGCACGCCCGCGCCUCGGGCUCGACUGCCCCCCACGCCGGUGACUCUGCCGAGCUGGAGCUGCUCGCGGAGUUUGCGAGCCCUGCGUGGGCGAUGCGCGCGGACGGCGCUGCCGUGUUACGCGCCAGCGCUGUUUUCGGGCUUGUCCGCAGCCAUGAGCGGACCGGCGCGGCGCUGCUCGUAGGUCCUGUGUAUCGACCGCGGCUCAGGCGGUAUUUGGAAUAUCUGGCCAUUGAUGAUAGCAUGAUUCGGCGGAAUGGGGGCGUGGCUGCGCUGAGUGCGGCCGAGGUCAAGGUUGCAUUAGACGAGCGCGGGGCUGGAGAUGUCGCGGCGGCAUUCGCGAGUGCGAAGGCGGAGUUUGUAGAGAGGGAGUGGUUGGAGCGGUGGUUGGUUGUGAGGCAGGGAAUGGAAAAGAAGGUGAGCGCUUGA